AUGAAGCUAUUCGCGAUAUUACGCUUGUUUCUUCUCAUUUUACCGUGUAUAUUCUCCCAAGUCGACGCUAGUUCACCGACCACUGCUCAGAGAUUAGAGGACGCGUCGCAAUGUGCCAUCAAAUGUUUCUCGCGGUUCGUUGAUGAGCCGAUAUUCUCGACCGUGAACAAGGAACGGAUAUGCCAUGAUCACAAACUCGGCAAUACGGUAGCCAGCUGUAUCCACGCAUCAUGCCCGAUUCGAGACCUUUUUGACUUUCUCAAGCUUGAGCAGACAAAUUGCGGCAGACCGGAGCUUGACAACGAUCACAACAUCAGAGGCAUCAAUUACACGAUCCUUGGGAUAGCAGUGUUCUCCAUCGUCCUUCGAACUGUCACGAAAUCGUAUCAUUUUUCACAAUGGGGUGCUGACGAUUAUCUCAUCAUUGCAGCGUCGGUAUUCACAGGAGUUCAAUGCAUCAUCAUGGGCCUGAUGACAUUUGCGGGCCUGGGGCGGAACAUCUGGACGCUCGAUGACAGCACUAUCACCACUUUUCAUAUAUACCUCCUUGUCGUUCAAUACGCCUACGUUCUAAGUCUCUGCCUCAUCAAGCUCUCAAUACUCUAUUUCUUUCUCCGAACAUUCCCCGAUCCGACUUUCAGGUUGAUCAUUAAGUGCACCAUCGCAUUUAACAUUGUCACGACAAUCAUCGUCAUCAUAUGCGGAGCACUGCAGCGACAGCCAAUUCACUUGCUUUGGGAUGGAUGGAAAGAGUACCCACAUCGUGGUAUCACACUCAAUACUCCGGCAAUCAUCUUCUUUCACGCUGGUGUUAACAUUGCUCUUGAUAUUUGGAUGUUUGCGCUACCGUUGACGCAGUUGUAUUCUUUAGGACUUCAGCCGAAGAAGAAGGCUGGCGUUAUGGUGAUCUUUGGCGUUGGUAUCUUUCUCAUUGCAGCCAGCUGCAUCCGAAUCCCCUACUUACUAGACUUCACAAGAACAUUCAACGCAUCAUCGGAUGCUCAAGGAUUCGUCGUAUGGUCCAACAUCGAAAGCGGCGUAGGUAUCUUGGUAGCCUGCAUGCCUCACAUGCAACCAAUCUUCCGCGCUAUCGCAGCACGGGUAAGGUCAUGGAACAUUCUACCCAAAGGAUCAAGCAGCAGCACAGAGGGAAUCUUUGUUCAAAGAUCUCUGGCGACUAUUAAGAUGUCGCGGAGUGACGGAACGACUUUGGUGGAGCCAGAUGACUUGGUGCUACAUGAUACAGGGGGCUUUUUGAGUGAACCUAGUCCUAUGAAGGUUGAUAGCAAGAUUAGGAGUGUGAUUGAGACGUGGAUAGCCAGAUGA